UGAACGAGAAAUGCGAGAACGAAGACGAAGUGGUGAGAGACGAUCGCAAUAUUUUUCUAACAGAGGUGAAAGGCGAACACAAAGAGAUGAGCGAUUUCAUGGACGCGGGCGUCGUUUUGGAAAUGGUAAUCAAAAUUAUUGUCGUGGAAGACGCCAGUCAUUUAAUGACAGACGAAGGUUUAAUGGUGGAAGGAAGCGUUCUUAUGAUAUUAGUCCUGAACGAACUAAUACGGACGGAAAAGUGGAUGGCGAUUCUAAUUGUGAGCAACGCAAAAGAUCUGUACAUGAAGAAAGAGAUAGAUUGAAGCGUGGAGACUCUGCGGGGAUCAAAGCGCAACCUGUUAAAAAGGCUGACAAUGAACGUGAAAAAGUGGACGGAACAAGGAAAGCAGAAAUUAACACCAUUGCGGAAAAAUUAAAAACAAUUGUUCAACCACCGACAAAUGAGACGUCUAGCAAAAAGAAGACAAUUGAGCGCAAGCGCCGUCUAUCCAAUGACGAAGACAGUUUGCAGUCAUCAGAUGAUGAUGAUUCUUCUUCGACAAUAUCAACAAGUAGCACAUCAAGUGACAGUCUCACCACUUCUAGUUCUAUUCUGGCAGAGGUCGAAACGAAAACAAAAACACUUUUAGCCUCUGGCAAAGGAAAAGAUUCUCUUGCUCUAGAUAAGAAUCCUAUGAAUGUCAUGCAACAACAUUUGCCGCCGUUCUCCAUCGCACCAACUAUUCGUUCUAUCAAAACUGAAAAUAUAACAACCGAAAAGGAAAUUGAUGUUCCUGUAUACUCUUCAAAAGGCCAUUUCCUGCCGCUUCAGAUUGCAAGUGAUCCUGAGCAACAAAAAUCAAGUGCUGCCGAUAUGGAGCUAGAAUCGAGUGAUGAAUUAGAUUCUACUGAUAUGAUGCAACCUCCGCAAAUCAGUGUUAGCAUUCUUCAAGAUCCACCAAAAUUGGAUGCAUAUAUUCAUCAAUUGAAAGAGUUUGUUUAUUUUAUGGAAACGAUGCGAAGAGAUAUGCACGGUCCUCCUCCACUCCCAUUAGGUCUGGGAGCGAAUACUUUACUUGCUGUUCAACAAGGCCAGCAACUUGCCAAUCUCCAAAACAAGCAUUCUUCACAAUUACCUGUAGCAAUUAAAGUGAAAAAUACAUCAACAUCUACCACAACAUUGCAAGCAAAGAAGCGUACUCAUUCUAACGACCAAAAUCAGGACGCAGCUUGUUCUUCUUCCAAUAUUCCUGUCGCCAAACGGGCUCGAAUUGGAACUGGUACAGUUUCGAACAAUCCUACCAGUAAUGGCAAUAAUCCACCGAUUGUUUUGCAACCUCGCCAAGAAAAUAUUUCGAGGAAUAUUGCCCAGCAAUUACAACAACAUCAAGAACAGUUUUCUGCUACUUCGAGUGGCAAUCAACCUUCACAUUCAAAUACACCACCUGAAGAUCCACGAAUUUCCAAUCGUGAACUAACUUUAAAUGCAAUGAAAAACAAUACCUCUGGUGGACAGUCUGAAUAUUCCGUUCCUCAGCAUCAAUUAUCUCUUUCAAAUGUGACAACAAUUCCGUCGUCUUCAAAUGCUUUGAUAAAUCGUGAUGAACAAAAUUUGGCAAAUCCCGUUAGCGUUGAACAUAAUGCUGGUAAUGUUGUUCAAACUGCUGAUUCAAUUACAAUGACUAAAACAGAAGUGCCAGUAUCUGAAGCUAAUCAUGCUUCUACGUCAGACAAUCCUUCAACAACUACAUCUUCUUCUGCAAAUCCAUCGGCAACUGGCCAAUUAGUAACGAAAAGUGGCAUUUGGCUUGUUGCUAAAGAUACUGAUGGAACUCCAUACUACUAUCAUAAAGAUACAAGGGAAGCUCGUUGGGAUUUGCCUCCAGGUGAAGAAUUGAUUGAUCUCAAUGCUGUUGUUGCAAACAAUGAAGAUUCAUUGCAAAAUCCACUACUUUUACAACACCGUAGAGCCGAGUUCAAACGCCAGGUGUCUGCGUUGGUUGCAAAAUGUAUCGAAGCAUAUCGCAAGCGUUUCUUCCCCAAUCCAAACGAGUAUAGUGGCUUCUUGCGCAAGAUCACACACAAAGUUUUGGAUAGUCAAGAAGGAAACAAGGAGCUUUUAUUUAAUAUUCAAGUCCAGAAGAAUACACGCCGCUUAGUCGAUGAUUAUAUUAAGCACUUCAAAGUGCGAGAAUCUAGUGCUGGAUAUCAAGUUCCAAUUUAA